AUGUUGCCCCUCUUCAAAGAUUCUACAACCCAGUGGUCGAUCGGCAUCGAUAUCACGCUGAAAUCCAACCAAUUUCAACGUUCCUUUCCAAUGGAUACCAUCAAGAGCGUUACUUCACCUGGUAGAAUGAUUACUGUGGCUACAUAUAAUCAGCAAGGAGCCGAGAUCAGUCUUCGUUGUCCUCAACUAGUCCCUCUGCUUGCUGCGUUGAACGCUGGAGCAAACGCACAAAAGUUGACCACCACCUUGGCUGAACUCAAUGGUCUUGUCCGAAGUGGAUGGUAUCGAAUCCAACAAGUCGACGCACAAAAGUUGACCACCAGUUUGGCAGAACUCAAUGGUCUUGUGCGAAGUGGAUGGUAUCGAAUCCAGCAGGUCGGUUAUUGUGUGAAUGGUCGGGCUUGUGGAGCAACGAAACCACUCAGGGAACUUCGGGUUACAUCUAAGCCAGGUGACGUCGUCUACACGACGGAUGCGAAUGAGUUCGCCAUUCUGAAUAGUAACGGACCCUUUCAAGGCUCGGGAACAGGAGCAGUUUGCUAUUUGUGGUGA